AUGGCUUCGAAAGGCCAGGUCGAGAGUUUGAUCGAGGAGGCAAUUUGUCCCAUCUGCCUGGAUUUCUUCACCGAUCCGGUGUCACUGGAGUGUGGACACAACUUCUGCCGCUCCUGUAUCACACGGUGUUGGGAAAGUGCCGAGAGAAACUCCUGCCCGGAAUGCAGAGAGGAGUUUGCGGACCGCACCCUCAGGGUAAGUCGGGCCUUAGCAAGUCUCUCUGAGAAAGUUCGAAGACUAAGCCUGAAUCCGAAAGAGAAGGAAAGUAAACUUCACUGCGAGGAACAUGAGGAAGAACUGAAGCUGUUUUGUGAAACGGACAAGAAACUGAUCUGUGUGAUCUGUGCGGCUGCGCGGGAACACAAGUCUCACAACUUCAUGCCGGUUAAAGAAGCUGUUGAAAUCUACAAGGAUCAGGUUAAAUCUUCGUUGCAAUCUCUCACAAAAAAUAAAGCUGUCAUCCAGAAAAUGGAGCAAAAGCAGAAGCAGAAGAUUUCUGGAUUUCGGGAACUGUCACACAGCCUUCAGACCCACAUCUCAUCCCAAUUUGCUGGACUGCACCAGAUUCUCACUGAGAAAGAGCAGCGUUUACUCAGAGAUCUCAGGGAAGAAGAGGAGAAGAUUCUAAACCCAAUGGAGAAAAAUCUUAGAGGGAUUCAAGAAAAUUUGAAUUCCAUUCAAAAGGAACUCUCAAGGUUACAAAAACAGAUGGAUCAAAAAGACAGUGUGGCAUUUCUGAAGGAGGAAGCUCGCCAGAAGAGGAGGGUCAGUGAAGAGACUCGGAUGUUUACAGUGGUAGAAGAUGCCCUUAAGGUUGAAACAUUCAAUCAUCCGUUGUACACAGUGUGGAGAGGAAUAUUUGAUGCCAUUACACAAGUCUCUGCGACUCUGGAUGUGGAGACCACGACACCGUGGCUCGAAGUGUCUGAGGAUCUGAAAAGUGCGAGUUGUGCCAGGACGCUGAGAAGUCUCCCUGACACUGGGAAGAGGUUUGCAGACCGGCCCUGUGUGCUGCGAUCGGAGGGAUUCACAUCAGGGAGACAUUACUGGGAGGUGGAGGUGGCGGGGAAUCGGGGCUGGUGUCUGGGAGUCGCCGCAGAGUCUCUGGAGAGGAAGGCAGAGAUCAAACUAAUGCCAGAGAAUGGAUUCUGGACCAUCUGGCAGCGGGAUGAUGAAUUUUAUGUGAACACCUCCCCUCCAUCCCGUCUCCCUGCCGGUCCCAUCCCCGGGAGGGUGGGAGUUUAUCUCAGUUACGAUUCCGGGACAGUUUCAUUUUACAGCGCGGACACCAAGUCCCAUCUCCACACCUUCACUGGGAAUAAAUUCACGGGGAAACUUUAUCCUUUCUUCUGGACUUGGGAUGGAAACCGGUGGCUGAGAAUGUGGAACAAAAAUUAAACUGCUGGGACAUCAAGACCACCUGAACGCUGGGAUGGUCAGUCCUGAAGAAGGGUCUCGACCCGAAACGUUGACCGUCCAUUGCCCUCCAUGGAUGCUGCCUGACUCGCUGAGUUCCUCCAGCUUUUUGUGUGUUGUUGGACUGUAAGUCCUGAUGCAGGAUUUCGAGAGACGCCGACUACUCCACGACCCGCUGGGGCACUCCAGCAGUUUGCGUUUUUUUCCCCCCGCCAGAAUCCAACGCCCGCACUCUCUUGUGUCUUCAAGUGAUAGACCGGACCAGAUAACAGAGAAAUGAUUGGCAGAUGGAACGAGGUGAGGGAGGGGGAAGGGAUAGGAAAGGUGAACCAAGGGAGAGAAUCUGCUCCGGAUCUGUUGAAGCUUCGGGUCCGGGACCGACUCGAGGAGCGGGGCUCAGGGGCUGUGGGGCAGAAACACCGUUGAUAGCAGUUUGGCGCUGAACGGGUCCCAUUUAAUCCACGAAUUUCACAUUGUAAAACCCCAGUGAGCCUGGAAAUAAAACCAUCCAAUAAAUGUG